UUGAUUUCGAAUUCUAAAUACAAUACAUUCGUUUGUGGUUAUCUAGUAAUUCUUGAUCCGAUUACGUUAUUUCUGGGAUUCUUAGUUCAUACUAUAAUUCAAAUACUUCUAAUUAUCAAAUUGGCGUCGCGAUGGAGCCUGUGAUGGAAUUGUUGGAUAUACAUUUAGAUUUUGAUGCUUUUGAGGAUUACUUUGAAAGGUUCGAAAUUUGGGCUAUGACCAAGGAAGAUAAUGAGGAUGUUAAUAUUGUAGCACAAUUCCUUACAUUCAUCGAAGAAGAAGCAUCUAGCUUAUUAAAAACUCUGGCUUUACCGGAAAAGCCCAUUUCGCUUUCUUAUACAAUUCUCAAGGAUCUACUGCUAGACUAUGUUCAGUAUACAAAUUCCGAAUGUCGUAAGGGAGGAAGAUUCCGUAAAAUAAUUCAUGAGGAUAUAAAAAAACUCCGCUGCAUUUCUUCAUCCCAACCCAGUGCAUACUCAAGGUUAUGCAGAUAAUUCAUUGAGGUGUUGUGAUACAGUUCACAAAGACGGGUACACGUUUGGUCAGUGUUUGUCCUGCGGCAAGUUCCACUCUUUUAAUUCAUGUAAACUUCGUAAUUCUAAGUGCUUUAAAUGUGGUGAUAUUGGACAUAUUCAGCCAGUUUGUAAUACUACUGUUCAUCUUGCUGCAACUAAUAAUAAGUCUUGUAAUUCUGAUUCUAUUAAGCCGAGUAUUUAUAAUGAUCAUUUAUCUUUAUCAACGAUUUCAAAAGACAGCGUAGAGUCAUAUAACAGUUCAGAGUUAAAUGAAACUCAGAAUUCUUAUGAGACAACAGUUUCUAAUCAAUCAACUUAUCAGAUUUCUCAUGUUAUUGUACCAGAUAUAGUUUUUCCUAAUAAUUCACUUAUUUCUGACGAAAUUCCUUGCAAAUCUGAGGAAAAUAUGUUAAAUGAACCUAGUCAUGAACGAAAACCUGAGGCAGUCUUGAUAGAUGCUGAUUUUUCUAAUGAUCCUUUACUCUGCAAUGACAUUCUUAAUAAAUUCGAGGAAACUAUUUCAGAAGAGACAAAGCUUGAUGUCAUAUCAAUUAUCAUUUGUCCUCAUAAUGCAUUUGUUUCUUGUGGGAAACUUGUUCAAUGCGAAGCACAAGUACUAAAUGAGCUCGAUUUUGAUUAUAAUUCGGAUGGUUCCAUAUCAACUGCUGUUUAUCGUUUUCACAAAAACACUUCUAAUGUUUACUCUAACCAAUGUGAGAAAUAUGCUUUAAAUGAAUCCACAUCAUUCAUAACUUGGGGAUAUAAAGAUUCGACAUUAUUUUGUGGUUGAAGGUAGUCUAAAAGUCUAUGGUUCAAAUUCUAGGUAGCAGCGGUUUUAGUACAAAACCGACAUGCUGAUUACACAAUCCCAGGAAGCAGGUGAGUCUGUUCCGACUUCGGUUGUUUAUUCCAAUACUAAUGAGCACAUUCUAGAUAAUACAGAGUCUUUAUUCAAUACACUGUCGGACAGAUACAGGAUGAACAUAAGAAGAAGACGUACAAUCGAUUACAGACACACUCCAAUUUAAGCUGUGGCGGAUGUGGUGUUUGAAUGAACUAAUGAUUCCUUUGUACUUGUUGAAUGCUUGAUUUCGAAUUCUAAAUACAAUACAUUCGUUUGUG